UUUUGAGGAAUAUUCGUGUGUUAUAAACAGUUUUUAGUUAUUAAUUUAUUUGAGUGUUAAUUAUCAAUUUAUUAUAGUUUUUAGGUUAGCAAUAAUAAUUAUUAGGCUUAUUAGAUCUGCAUUUUGCUUUGCAACAGUGAUAAACCAAGCCAGCAAGCAAAAAUUUUGGACAAAUUUGGAUCAUUGAAUUCUAUUGUAUUAUUUGGUUUUUCAUAGUUCCAUUUUACAAAAUCAAAGGAUCUCAAGCAAUAAUUAUUGGACUCAUAUAUUGACAAAACAAGCAAGCAAGCAAAGUUUUUGGAAAAAUUUGACUCAUUGCACCAUAUAGUACAUAUUUGUCUUCUAUAGUUCCAUUUUACAAAAUCAAAGAUGCCAAAAAUGAGUAAAAAGUCUGCUAAGACAAAGAGCCUCCAGAAAAAAGAAAAAUAUUUAUCCAAGAAGCUGGCAAAAAAAGAGAGUGGCACCAAUGACAAAAAUUUAGAAACCUUAGGUAAGGAAGUACAUUUGCAACAAAAGUUGCCCAAAGAUAAGAUUCCAGAGGAUAGUACAAGAAAGGUAAAUUUUAAUAAAACUGUAAUUGAGUCUAAUAAGCGAAAAUCAUUAACGGUUAUUGAUGACAAUGAUGCAUUGUCAUCAAAAACUGUAACUCAGAAAAAACAAAAAGUUAUUGAUUCUUUUAAAAAGCUAUCCCAUACAGAUGAAAUUGAGAAUAAUGAAAAGGAGGCGGAACAUACUAGAACCAAUUGCCCAACAAAGUUUGAACUAGCUUUAAGAGAAGGCCCCACCAUUGUAUGCAGUUGUUGUUUGCGAUUAUGGUUUCCCACUUCAUGUAAAAAAAUAGAUCUACAAGUGCUAAAAAACAAAUUUGGAAACCAAUUCACUACACAAAUUUGCAAUGAUGAUGGGGUUUUCUUCUGCAAGUCUUGCUCAUCAAAUAUUUAUAAAGGACAAUUGCCAAAGUUCUGGUCCGGCAAUCACAAUAUUGUUCACCCUAUACCAGUUGAGCUAAAAGAUCUGACUAUCCUUGAAGAAAGGAUGGUGUCGGCCAGGUUACCUUUCAUGCAAAUCCGGCAGGUAGGAUAUGCACGACAGUGUUACAUAACUGGCCAAAUAGUCAAUGUCCCUAUAAAUAUAGAUACUUCGACCAAAUUAUUGCCUAGAAAUGUAGAGGAGACACAAACUAUUCAGGUUAAGCUCAAGAGAAAAAUGAACUAUAAAAAUGAUUAUCUCCUGGAAACCAUACGGCCCGCAGUUGUUUUAAAAGCAGCAAGAUUUUUGUGUCAACAACCUCUUUACAUACAAGAAGGUAUAAAGCAAUCAGAUGAUUGGGAAAAAAAUAUUAAUGACUAUAUACGAUCUCAAGUAGAAUCCUCUACACAGAUCUUAAAUGAAGGCUCAAAAGUGGUGGACGUGAAUUCUAAAACAGUGUGUAGUGAAAACUUUGAAGAAUUGUUCGAUAAUGCGUUUUUCGAAACAAUGGAAGUGCCCCUAGAAUCUAAGAAUGACGAUAAAAAUAUUCAAGCAGAAUCUUCAAUUGAAAAAAACACCAUAUACAAUUUAGAUGAAUUCUUAGAUGAAGAAGAAGAGCCCUUAAAUCCUGGAGGCCAAGAAACUUUGCUUGACAAAUGUAACCUAGAAAAUAUCUGUUUUGCCCCAGGAGAAGGUAAAACGCCAAUACAUUUGAUGCUUGACCAGUUUAGCGAUGAACUCUCAUUUCCUACACUUUUCUGUGGACAUGCUAAGCAAUUUCUUACAAAAUUCUCCUAUUCUGACCAGACGAAAAUACUACUCCAGCACAAAGACAGGCGAUUUGCAAGGACAGACUAUCUGUUGUAUACCUUUAAAAAACGUCAACUAAUCCAAUUAUCCAGUGCAAUUGCAACAUGUCUCAGGAAAAAGAGGAAUGAGGAUGGAAAAUAUACAGCUGGACAAGUAAAACAAGCAAAUUUUCUAGACCAGCUGAUUCGAAGUGACAUGGGAUUCCAUUUUCUUGGUAAAAUUGCAGGUUCACCUGCUUAUUGGAAACACGAAAAGACAAAAUUACUGUGUAUGAUUCGUCAAUUUGGAAUCCCUACACUGUUCUUUACCGUUUCAGCAGCCGAAACCGCAUGGCCCGAAUUAAUCAAGGUAUUAGCACAAGUUAUUGAUCAAAAAGACGUUACUUUAGAGGAGGCUGCGAGUAUGCCCUACUUAGAAAAAACUCGCUUAAUUAGAACAGAUCCGAUAACUUGUGCCAGAUACUUUGAUUAUCGGUUCAAACUGCUAUUCAAGCAUAUGAAGAGUCAAAAUGGACCCUUUAAACAAAAUCCCAUAGAGCAUCAUUAUUACCGCAUAGAAUUUCAACAUCGUGGGUCUCCUCAUGUUCACGGGUUAUUGUGGUUAUCUAAUGCUCCAAAAUUCCAAGAAACACCAGAAAGUUUCAAAGAGUGUGCCGAAUUCGCGAACCGGUAUAUUACUUGUAAUAGUGAUUUAGAAAGUGUCCGUGAUAUAAUUCAGUUUAAUACGCAUCAUCAUUCUAAAUCGUGUCAAAAAGAAGUGCGGGGACACAAAGUUUGCAGGUAUGGUAUCCCAUUCCUGCCAAUGGAUAAAUCGGUAAUUCUAACGCCAAUAAAAAUUGACAAAACCAAGGAAGCGGAUUUACGUAAGGCCAUGUCUGAAAAGUUUUUGAUGAUAAUGCGUAGGCUUAAAGAUAAACCAGAUUUGUCAUUCGAAAACUUUUUGGCUGACCUUGGUAUGUCUAAGGAUGAGUAUCUUAAUGUUAUACAGCACAACAUAUUUAAAACUACUUUAUUUUUAGAAAGGCAGCCAAAAGAUGGAUUUAUUAACAACUUUAAUGCUGAAAUGUUCUCCAUGAUGAAGAGCAACAUGGACAUUCAAUUAGUUUUUGAGCCAUAUGGUUGUUGUACCUACAUAGUCAACUAUAUCAAUAAGUCUCAAAGAGGUGUAUCUGAUAUUUUAAUGAAGACUAUGGAAGAAAUUAAAAAAGGUAACUUAGAUGUUAAAGGCAAACUUAAAUCUCUUGCAGCAGCUUUCUUAAAUGCGAGCGAAGUUAGUGCCCAGGAAGCCGCCUACAGCGUGUUACAACUACCGAUGCAUGACACCUGUACCUCCUAUGUAUACAUCCAUACAAAUCCAAUCAAGGAAAGGACAAAAAUGUUGAAACCAUUAACAGAACUUAAAGCAAUGGACAAUGAUGAUCCCAAUAUUUAUUGUGAUGGGCUUAUAGAACAUUAUGAGCAAAGGCCCAAUGAGAUGGAAAACAUAUGUUUGGCAGAAUUUGCAGCUUACUAUGACUUCUUUAAGAAACGAGCAGAAAUAAAGAAUAACGGUUUACCCUUAAAAGAUGGAAGUGGCGUUUUAGUUAAAAGGGGUCAUGCUAAAAUUUUAGCCUACCGUAGUUAUGGACUUCAGCAAGACCCUCUCAACUAUUAUAGGGAACAAAUAAUGCUAUACAUCCCAUGGCGAAAUGAAGUGGAUGAAGUUGAAAAUGACAACAUUGAUCAACAGACCAUAUACAAAGAUCGAUACCAAGAAAUUGUUACAAAUCGACAAAAGUUCAAUGUCUUAGAUGAACAGGUAAUCGACGAAGCACUGAAACUUGCCGAAGAACGAUCAAAUCAAUUAGACGAUGGUGGAUUCGGUGGAGAAAUCGAUGAUGAGUUUAUGCCUUAUGGACUAGACAACCCCAUUUAUGAUCCAUUCAAUCACAUCAUCGAUAAGAAAGACGACGAAGCGCCAGUAAAACAUAUCGCUUUCCCAACGCCUCAUCAAAUAAGCGAUUCAGAGUAUGAAGACCUCAUAAGCAAACUGAACCAUAAGCAAUAUCAGUUCCUUAAUGUCGUGCAAGAUAGUUUAAUUGAAGGGGAAGUUCUUUACUGCACACUUAGUGGUCCAGCUGGUACCGGAAAAAGUCACCUAAUUACAGCAAUAACUCAGUCGUUAUUACGCCAUUUCAAUUCAAUACCAGGUAAUAAUCCCGAAAGUUUAAAAGUGUUACUUUGUGCGCCUACAGUCAGUAUGGUGAACAACUAA